AAGAAGAGCAUCUCAUUUGAAUUCGGAGUGCCUUCUUCCUCCUUGUAGAGCAUACCCUCUUCUCCAGAAAAGGCGCCUACGGCUCCUCUUCUUGCCUUAGCUCCUCCUCGGUCAGCCGUGUCUCCCACAAGAUUUGUAUCUGAGUCAUUGCUGUGCUCCUGGGAUGAGUUAAACCAACAAAGACUGAGAAGGCUCACUAAGCCCUGAGACUCUCAACUGCCUAUUUCAGAUUGAUACGGACCAUGUUCCGCCAGCUGCUGUUACUGAGCCUGGGCUUGCAGCUUCAUCAUAUUGCAGCUUUGUUCACGGUGACAGCCCCUAAGGAAGUGUACACAGUAGACGUCGGCAGCAAUGUGAGCCUGGAGUGUGAUUUUGACCUCAGGGAAUGCAGCGCACUUGAAGACCUAAGAGCCAGUUUGCAGAAAGUGGAAAAUCAUACCUCUUCUUCGCAAAGUGAGCGAGCCACCCUGCUGGAGGAGCAGCUGCCCCUGGGGAAGGCCUUAUUUCACAUCCCCAGUGUCCAAGUGAGAGACGCGGGCCAAUACCGCUGCCUGGUCAUCUGCAGGGCCGCCUGGGAUUACAAGUACCUGACGGUGAAAGUCAAAGCUUCUUACAUGAAGGUAGACACUAAGAUCGUAUCGGUCCCAGGAACAGAGGAGGUACAGCUCACCUGCCAGGCUAGCGGUUACCCUCUGGCAGAAGUAUCCUGGCAAAACAUCAGUGUUCCUGCCAACACCAGCUACAUCAGGACCCCUGAAGGCCUCUACCAGGUCACCAGUGUUGUGCGCCUAAAGCCUCAGCCUGGUAGAAACUUAAGUUGCGUGUUCUGGAAUGCUCACACGAAGGAGCUUACUUCAGCCAUCAUUGACCUUAUGAGUUGGAUGGAACCCACCGUCCCCAGAACAUCAUCCCUUCACAUUUUCAUCCCAUCUUGCAUCAUUGCUUUAAUCUUCAUAGCUGCAGUGAUAGCCCUGCGGAAGAGGCUCUGUGGAAAGCUGUAUUCUAGAAAAAGGAAGCGGAAGUGGGACUCCAUCUGGAUUAUUGUGUUUCUAAUCACCCUCGAUGGGAGGAGGAGACUGACCCUUGCAAGUGAGAGACAGACAGACAGAGAGUACGAGAGGGACAGCAGGAGAGGGAUAGCAGGUUCAGACCGAGCUCAAGCGCACGUUGGUUGGGAAAAGGAUCAGCGAACAGGCCGGACCAGCUCGCAGGCCAGAGACCCCUAG